GCCACCAUGCCCGGCCUUUUUACAUAGCAUUUACAUUACAGUAGGUAUUAUAUGUAAUCUAAGGAUGAUUUAAAAUAUAUGGGGGAUGUACUGGGUUACAUGCAAAUACUAUGCCAUUUUAUAUCAGGGACUUGAGCAUCUACAGAUUUUAGUAUGGGUGAGGGGGGCGUGGAACCAAUCCCCUGUGGAUACUAAGGAAUGACUAUAUACUAAAAUGACCCUGAAUCAUAAAGCUGUUAAAAUCUUUAAAGUUUCAGGUAAACCUCAGUCAUCUGGAAACGCUAUGGGAAUGCCCCGGGCCUGCAGUCAGAAAGAGAGUCUGCAGUUUGCACUCCAGCUUUCUCCUGCUGGCCAUGUGACCAAGGCCAUUCUUUAACAGUUAGUUUUCUAAGACGUAGGUCUAAAUAGAGCUCCAAAGGGAGGUGGUAAAUGUGAACGUAUGCCACAAGUUUUUAUUAUGUUCCCUUCAACUCAAAAUGAUGCGCACGGCCUAGACCACAACUCCCCCAAAUCUGCCCCUCCUCCGGUCCCUCAUUCAUAAUGUAGGGUUCUCUAAUGCCCUAGCCUGCAGGGCAGUGAGGCCGGCCUGAGUAAGCCCUCAUGUGUGUUAGAGGAGUCCCAGGAUUACAAAGCACCAGAGCUCAUACCCUGUCUAUAAAGAGAGCCACUCAGCCACCACCCGUGUGCCAGGCCUGAGCCUCAUCUCCCUGGUGCCUUGUGCAAUGUGUGGCACAGUGAGAACCUGGCCCUGCUGUCCUGAAAAUCUUCACCCUGUCCAGGGCCUUAUGCACCAAUGGCUGCCAAGUCAGCAGCUUGAGGGCCGAUCAACUCCUCAUCUCCACUCCCAGCCCAUUGUCUUCACUGUGUCUCACCCUUGAGAUAAAUUAAAAGUUAUAACUGUCCUUUAUCACUAGGCCUGCCAACUGAGGAGUGUCCUGAGAUGCAGGACUUGAAGUUUUAAAACUGGGAUCGUAGGUCAUCCUAUAUAUGGCCCAACUGAAACUCUAUCUCCUCUAAGCUAGUGUCCCAGUCUCUCCAGUUGGAAAUAAGUAUUAUUUUCUCUCUUCUUUAUGUGCCCACGACAUUCUGACUAUGCUCGUAUCUUGGCACUUUGCAGGUAUUACAGUUCUUUCCCAAGUGUUUCUGCUUCUUUCACCAGGUUCUUAGCAUCUUGCAGUUAUGGUUCUUCCAUCCUCCUCAGUGCCUCGCUGGCACUUUGCACAUCAGGGGUACUUAAGAGUACUUUGCGUACAUUGAACAAAUUAAUCAUUCAAACAUAAAAUGAGUAAAGACCGACCUUACGCGUCAUAAUGGACUAAGUAAACAGUGUCUUAGAAGAGAUAAUGUGAUUCUCAGAUGAAUCAACAUGAGGAUAACAGGAAAUAGGCUGAGAUUUCAGCAAAAGAGAAUUCUUGUGCAUCAGAAAGCAGCCCUUGACCGGAAAGAGUGAUGAAAAAAAGUGGAUAUAGCUUACAAAAGAAGAUUAUGAAAGCUCCACUCUGAAAAUCGUUCAACAGUGUCCCAGCAUCCAUGGCUGUUUGUUUAAAAUGAAGACUUUUCUGAAAUAAAGGGCUGGGCAAAGUAAUGUUGGAGGCGGUGUUCAGGCAGGCCACCUCCGGGAAACCCAGGGCACCAGGAUGAGUAUUCUCCCUAUUUCUACCAGAGCAGCCACGCCUCUUCUUCUUUCUAACCAAGAAAUUGAGGCGAAAGAAGCCUGUGACUGGCUCCGUGCUGCCGGGUUCCCGCAAUACGCGCAGUUAUAUGAGGAUUCACAGUUUCCCAUCAACAUUGUGGCUGUCAAGAAUGAUCAUGAUUUUCUUGAAAAGGACCUUGUAGAACCUCUUUGCAGCUCACGUCUUUUUACUGAUGAAGAACAUUCUGUUGCCCGCACGGACCACAGUUUAUCCAUUCACCUGACAUCUCGGUUGUUUUCAAGUUUUGAAAAUUAUGAAAAAGCUACUGUAAACACCUAUGUGCAGGCUUUCAUGUGGAUAAGACUAAAUACGUUGAACAAGUGUGCCUCAAUGAAACUUGAUGUGAACUUCCAAAGGAAAAAGUCGUGUUUUAUUUCAUGCACGUGUCAAGAUGCCUCCACUGUCAGGCAGAUUCAGCUGGGUGACGACUCCGAUGAGGAAGAUCUUUGUAUCAGCAACAAAUGGACUUUCCAAAGAACCAGUCGCAGGUGGUCUCGUGUGGACGACCUCUACACGCUGCUCCCUCGAGGAGACAGAAGUGGGUCACCGGGAGGCACGGGGAUGAGGAACACGACCAGCAGUGAGAGCGUCCUCACAGACCUGAGCGAGCCUGAAGUCUGCUCUAUCCACAGCGAAAGCAGCGGAGGCAGCGACAGCCGCAGCCAGCCGGGCCAGUGCUGUGCAGACAGCCCGGUCAUGCUGGAUGCCCCACUGGUCGUCAGCAGCCUCCCGCAGCCCCCCAGAGACGUCCUCAACCACCCCUUCCACCCCAAGAAUGAGAAGCCCACAAGGGCUAGGGCCAAAUCAUUUUUGAAACGCAUGGAAACACUCCGAGGGAAGGGAGCCCACGGGAGGCACAAGGGGUCAGGGCGGACAGGUGGCCUGGUGAUCAGCGGGCCCAUGUUGCAGCAGGAGCCAGAGUCCUUUAAGGCCAUGCAGUGCAUCCAAAUACCAAAUGGAGAUCUCCAGAAUUCACCGCCACCUGCCUGCAGAAAAGGGCUCCCAUGCUCCGGCAAGUCGAGUGGCGAGAGCAGCCCAUCAGAGCACAGCAGCAGCGGCGUCAGCACACCCUGCCUGAAGGAACGCAAGUGCCACGAGGCCAACAAGCGUGGGGGCAUGUACUUGGAGGACCUGGAUGUGCUGGCAGGGACAGCACUGCAGGAUGCAGGGGACCAAAGCCGUAUGCAUGAGUUUCACUCCCAAGAGAAUUUGGUGGUGCAUAUUCCCAAGGAUCACAAACCAGGAACAUUCCCCAAGGCACUUUCUAUUGAAAGCCUGUCUCCCACAGAUAGUAGCAAUGGGGUUAACUGGAGGACCGGUAGCAUCUCCCUGGGCAGAGAGCAGGUCCCUGGUGCCAGGGAGCCCCGGCUCAUGGCGUCCUGCCACAGAGCCAGCCGAGUCAGUAUCUAUGACAAUGUCCCUGGCUCUCAUCUGUAUGCCAGCACAGGAGAUCUUUUGGACUUGGAGAAAGAUGACCUUUUCCCUCACUUGGAUGACAUUCUGCAGCAUGUCAAUGGGCUCCAGGAGGUAGUGGAUGACUGGUCCAAAGAUGUCUUACCUGAACUGCAAACUCACAAUACGUUGGUUGGGGAGCCUGGCUUAUCCCCCUUUCCGUCUCCUAAUCAGAUCACCUUAGAUUUUGAAGGUAACUCUGUCUCAGAAGGUCGGACGACACCCAGUGAUGUGGAAAGAGAUGUAACAUCUCUUAAUGAAUCUGAGCCUCCUGGGGUCAGAGACAGGAGGGAUUCUGGUGUAGGGGCCUCUCUGACCAGGCCAAACAGGCGACUCCGAUGGAACAGUUUCCAGCUGUCUCACCAGCCCCGGCCAGCCCCAGCAUCGCCCCACAUCAGCAGCCAGACGGCCAGCCAGCUGAGCCUGCUCCAGCGCUUCUCGCUGCUUCGCCUCACGGCCAUCAUGGAGAAGCACUCCAUGUCCAACAAGCACGGCUGGACAUGGUCAGUUCCAAAGUUCAUGAAGAGGAUGAAAGUUCCCGACUACAAAGACAAGGCUGUCUUUGGCGUUCCUCUCAUAGUCCACGUCCAAAGAACGGGACAGCCCCUGCCUCAGAGUAUUCAGCAAGCACUGAGAUAUCUACGCAACAACUGCCUCGAUCAGGUGGGUCUUUUUCGCAAGUCAGGAGUGAAGUCUCGAAUCCAUGCCCUACGCCAAAUGAAUGAGAACUUCCCUGAGAACGUCAACUAUGAAGACCAGUCUGCUUAUGACGUGGCGGAUAUGGUGAAACAGUUCUUCCGGGACCUCCCUGAGCCUCUUUUCACCAACAAGCUCAGCGAGACCUUCCUCCACAUCUAUCAGUAUGUCUCCAAAGAGCAGCGGCUGCAGGCCGUGCAGGCUGCCAUUCUGCUACUGGCCGACGAGAACAGGGAGGUCCUGCAGACACUCUUGUGUUUCCUGAAUGACGUCGUCAACUUGGUGGAAGAGAAUCAGAUGACGCCUAUGAACCUGGCAGUGUGUCUGGCCCCCUCCCUCUUUCAUCUUAAUUUAUUGAAGAAAGAAAGCUCUCCACGAGUCAUACAGAAGAAAUACGCCACCGGGAAGCCAGAUCAAAAGGACCUCAACGAGAAUCUGGCAGCAGCUCAGGGGCUCGCGCACAUGAUCAUGGAAUGCGACAGACUUUUUGAGGUUCCACACGAGUUGGUGGCCCAGUCUCGUAACUCGUAUGUGGAAGCUGAGCUCCACGUGCCCACCCUGGAAGAACUGGGGACGCAGCUGGAGGAGAGCGGGGCAACCUCCCACACUUACCUGAAUCAUCUCAUCCAGGGCCUCCAGAAAGAAGCCAAGGAGAAGUUCAAGGGAUGGGUCACGUGCUCCAGCACAGACAAUACAGAUCUUGCUUUCAAAAAGGUGGGCGACGGGAACCCCCUGAAGCUGUGGAAGGCUUCUGUGGAGGUGGAAGCGCCCCCUUCGGUGGUCCUGAACCGCGUGCUGAGAGAGCGCCACCUGUGGGACGAGGACUUUGUGCAGUGGAAGGUUGUGGAGACUCUAGACAGGCAAACAGAGAUCUACCAGUACGUGCUGAACAGCAUGGCCCCCCAUCCUUCCAGAGACUUCGUGGUUCUCAGGACCUGGAAGACUGAUUUGCCCAAAGGAAUGUGUACCCUGGUGUCGCUCUCUGUGGAGCACGAGGAAGCCCAGCUCCUGGGUGGCGUGCGAGCAGUGGUGAUGGACUCGCAGUACUUGAUAGAACCGUGUGGCUCUGGCAAGUCGAGACUGACUCACAUCUGCAGGAUAGACCUGAAAGGUCACUCCCCAGAAUGGUACAGCAAAGGCUUUGGACAUCUGUGUGCGGCAGAAGUUGCCAGGAUUAGAAACUCUUUCCAGCCCCUCAUUGCUGAGGGCCCAGAAACUAAAAUCUGAGUUUUCCCCAGUGUGACAUCAAACUCAGGGAAGAGGAAACUAAAGUAACGCGUAUGGCAGAGACUGUGCACGUGAGAAAGCGAGAGAAAGAGGAACUGACGGACGUGGUUAAUGCCUAAAAAUGGAAACGUUAAGAAGCUGGAAUGUUGGAGAUGCAAGAAUUUCCAAGAACUUUCUUAGCCUUCCUGGAGAUGGCUACAUCCCUACUAAUAUAAUUUUAAAAUGAGAACAUUUAUCUAUAUUACUUAAAAUUAAAUGGAUUAUUCCUUGUGCGUUGCCUAAUUUGCUAUUUAAAGGCUUCUAAGAAGCGUAUAUACUUAACUGUAAAUAAAUGUAUGUAUAGCAUAUGUACAUAUGUGUGUAUAUCUCCAUCUUUACUGUAUAUAUGUAAAAUACCAAUUUUAUAUAGAAUGGUGUGUUUUGAAAAGGACAGUGUCUGACUCAGUGAGUCCCUUCCUCACAUAGUUCUUUCCAAGUGGCUCUGGGCCCCAUCUCUCCACUGUCCUGUAAGCUGUGCAGAACCUGCUGCUAACACCACGGUGUGAACAUGCCCUGAUACCUAACCAAAGAUUAGUUAACCAAAGGAAAAUAACGUUAAAGGAGACUUACGUGUCGUUUUGUUUCUGUUAUUCAAAAACUGAGAGUGGAGUUCUGGGAUAAAGCAGGGAAAGAAUAAUUACUCCUCCUUAAAGCAAAGCGGAGGGUGAGAAGUCAUUACCAAGUUUAAAGCUAGAUGAGGAGUUGCCACUGGGCCCAGUAAGGUGGAAUUUCCAUGAGAUACAGACCACCGGAGUCAGUGCGAGUGACUGAAACAGAAGCGAUACCUCUCACUCCCAUGCCCACCACUACAGACCCCAAGUCAAGAUGAAUACCACAGCCUUUACUUAUUCACAGCCAAAGGGAGCCCCUGUGUUGUCUCAAGUUUUUAUAAAUACAUUUCAUAAUGUUGUUAAAUGUCAUUCCAUUUGACCAGUGGCCUAUUUGGUCACAGUUAAUUGGUGUUUCCUUAUUGCACUGAAUUCAACUUCAGACACCACACAAAGGGAGAUGGUGACCAUUCCGUUCAAACCCUAGAUCAUUACAGCUUCAGGGAAUUCAUAUUUUGCUAUGUGUAGGAUACUCUUAAAAUGUAAUUCAUUAACCUUUUACAAUCUGAAAGACAGGGUUUUUAACUAACAUAAGACCAAAACUAUGUUCUUUGAUUAGUUUUAGAAAAUAUGGUCGGGUUUAUUAAUUCUUCUGUGUUUCUUCACUAGCCAAUCCAAGCUACCUAUGCAUUUGACCCGACCUUAUUUAUUAUUGUACAGACUAAGCAAAUUGACUCCCUUUAGCCAACUGCUAAUGGAUCGAAUGUGCUUUUUAUUGUAAUUCAACAGCAAUGGAGAGAAAGAUAACUUAUUGUGUGUUUGAUUUCAGGGAGAGAGAUUUUCUUUAGUCAUUCAUAAUAGAGAUUGAUACGAUUUAGCAAUGGUGUUGGAGAAAAAAAGAAAAGCAAAUGAGCGUUUUCAGGUUUUUUUGUAUUAUAUGCAUUUCUAUAAUGUUUCUGUUAUCAGCAAUGUGCAAUUAUUUUAUUGAGAGGAAUAAAAAAGCUUUCUAUGAGUUUGAUAUGGUGCAAGGAAAAUCAUACAGUUUGAAUUAUGACCUAGAAAUGUUUCAUUCCCAUGUCUAUAAGAAGGUAGCAGCAAAUCCAUAAUUUUCCUUUCGGGCAAUGCUUUGUGAGCAAAACAAAGUCCCUUCUGCCAUAACAUCUUUAAUUUAACCACAUAUGCCAGAUUACUUUAUAUGCAUCAGCAAGAUCACUAGUGAAGUUUAGUCUAGCUAAACACUAGUCCUGCUCCUGAGAUGGGAUCCUACGUGUUUGCAAAACAUGAUAGGCACACGAGGGUGAGUGGCUUUGUAUCGCCCAGAGGGGUGCUUGUCCAGAUUUCACAUACACAUGAAUUACCUGGGGAUCUUGUGAAACUGCAGACUCUGCUCCAAGUAAUCUGGGCUGGGCCUGAGAUUCUGCAUUUCUCAGGAGUCUCAGGGAUGCCUAUGCUGCUGGCGUAAAAUCACACUCAGAAACGAGGACCUAGAAGAUCCCUAAAACAGAAUAAAAACAAAUGUGAUUGUAUUUCUGACUCUCCCUCUCUUCGAAUUAUCUGACUUUUUUGUUUUUGUGCACAUAGUAAUCAUAUCACUGCUACAUAACAACACGGUGCAUCUUUUUUGAAAAAGGAAAAGGGAAAGGAGAAAAAACGAUGCAUCAAGCUUGUUUGUCAAAUACCACAGUAUUUUAUUCAUUGUUAUCUUGCCAAUGGAAAUAAAGUAUGCUAUUGCAUUUAAAUAUUAUAUUUAUACCUCAUGUAUAUUUUUACCUCAAUUGUUGGUAUCAAUCAUCAAUUGUAAAUAAAUAAUUGCCAAGGCAAAUAAAUUUAUAUAUAUUAAAUA